CCACACCUCCUCAACGAAGUCCAUAAGUCGGCUCACUUGUGGAUUUGACAUCAUCCAACUCCCAAAAAUCGCAUUUCCAUUCGAAUUUCGGAGAUCGAUUUUACGAAGAGAGAGAGAAACUGAGAAAUCAAUGGCAAUAGAGGAGACUGAGAAAUCAAUGGCGACGACAACUGAGUUAGACGAAAAGAAGGUAGGAGGAGGAAGAGAGAGAGAGAAAGACGAAGAUUUGGAAGAAGGAGAGAUUCUUGACGAUGGAACUGAAGACACCAUUGAAAAACCUAGCAAAUCAAUUGCUACAAGUCAUCCUCUCGAAAAUGCUUGGACUUUUUGGUUUGAUAAUCCUCUUACCAAAACCAAACAAGCCCCUUGGGGUGACUCUAUUCGCCCCAUCUACACCUUCUCCACUGUUGAAGAAUUCUGGGGCCUUUACAACAACAUACAUCAUCCUAGCAAGUUGGCUGUAGGAGCAGAUUUUCAUUGUUUUAAGAAGAAAAUUGAGCCAAAGUGGGAGGAUCCAAUCUGUGCUAAUGGAGGCAAGUGGACUGUUACCUACCAAAAAGGAAAAUCUGAUACAAGCUGGCUUUAUACGCUUUUGGCAAUGAUUGGGGAGCAAUUUGAUCAUGGAGAUGAGAUCUGUGGAGCCGUUGUCAAUGUGAGGGCUAGGCAGGAAAAAAUAGCUAUGUGGACUAAGAAUGCUGCAAAUGAAUCUGCUCAGCUGAGCAUUGGAAAACAGUGGAAGAAGUUUCUUGAUUACAAUGAGAAUAUCGGUUUCAUUUUUCAUGAUGACGCAAAGAAGCACGACAGGAAUGCCAAGAAUCGCUACAAUUGUUGAGUUGUAUAGUGCUGUAAUUUCUGGAGGACUGGUGAUUGUAGCUUGGAGCUAAAGCGGAAACAGAUGCUAGUAUUUUGUUUUGAUGUAGUGCUGUCACUGAAAGUUGUCUUUCUAUGCAAAUGAAUAUCUUUACUGCUCUCUCGAGCGUUUUAAUACACCAAUACAAGCUUGUUAUUCUUGAAAGCCCCUUGGCUUUCAUGAAAGUAACUCCAAAAUUUGAUGAAGAAAAUUAAAAGCAGUUUCUAACA